GAGCAGCCCGAAAACGGGCCAAACCGCGAGAAAAAUAGAGGCGAGUUCGUCUGUAGUAACAGUGACGAGCAUCCCGCAACUCGAGAGAUCUUCGAUUUGCUGGCCGCCAUGGUGAAAACCGUAAUCGCCGACGACAACCAGUCGAAGUCGGCGGAGGAUCGCCUCUUCCAACACGGCAUCCCCGCCCAAGUUGGGCUUGUCAUCGGACAGCUGAACCGCAGUUCCGAUCGAGGGUUCGUGUACGAUUUGAUCCCCACGCCACCGACCGACGGGGGAGGCCCCGCCUGCUCCCUUAAAUCUGAGGCUGCCGGCAAGGAUGAUAAGAAGAAGGGAUCGAAGAGCGGCAAGCCCUCGGCGGAGUUGCCCGCGUCUCUUGUUGUUGAUAACGAUUGGGUUGCCGAGCACGCUCGGCAGGUGUCAAGAAUGCUGCUGGGUGGUAUGAAUGUUGUUGGGAUAUAUUUGUGGGCUUCUGAGGCCACGUUUAAGGCCACUUCACCUGCUGUGCUCUCUCAGGCCAUUAAGGGGGUUGCACAAGCGGCUCCUUUUGCUGAUAAUGAGUUUGAGGAGAGAUUGCUUAUUCAUGUAUCCUGCAGCCCAAGAAGGUGGUCUUGUCGAGUCUGCACUCUAGCAUCAGGUGGUUUGCAGCCAUGUGACUUCAAGAUGGGAAAACUGCUAGCUUCUCUUCAAGCUUUUAGAUGCACAUAUAAUUUUGAGAUAAGAUUACCUAUUCCUCAAUCUGGAAUUUUAGGCAUAAUUACUUUCAAGGAUCUUAUUUGCAGAGGAAUUGCUAAUCUUGCCAAAGAUUUGCAAAGUGCAAAAGCUUUGAUAAACGGACAUUUGGUGACUGAAAAUGUGCAUACGUCUUCGGAGAGUCCACAUGAUGUCCAGUUCCUAGUUCCUUUCAACAAACAUAUAUCUACUGAAGCAUGCAGCUCCGAAGAGGUAGUUGGCCUUGUUGUCUUCAGCGGAGCUAUAUGUGCUUUUGCAUAUAUGGGUCCAAGAGAACCUAUUUUGCAAGCUAUAUCUGACUUAAAGAGUGACAUAGUUUCCAGUCUAAGGAGCAGACUGGAUAUCAUUACUGAUGAGGCAGAGGAGGAAGUGGCUUUGUCCUUGGAUGGUGGUGGGGUGUCAGGAGGAGAUUCAUUAGCUGAGAAAUCCAUCCAUAAACUUGCCUUGCGGGAAGUAAGAAAACAAUGUACCUUGUUCUUCCCUAGAAGAAUUCUUGUUCCAUGGUAUUCUGGCAUAUUCAUCUGUGACUACCUACAGGCAUCGGAGACUUUUGAGGACGUGAAAGAUCACUGCCAAGAAAUGAUGUCCAUGGAUGGUCCAAUAGAAACCACUUCAGUGGUAGAUCCGGAGACGGCACCGAUCUCAGCGGCCACAAGAUCAUUCUGGGAUGUAGUUCAUAAAUGUACAUCUAAUCUUGUCAAUGAUUCCAAGACGAACAAAAACUCGAUCCAAAGAGAAGCCGACGCUGGGAAAUUGGAGAGGAACAAUCUCAACUUUUUAACUGCUAUUCUCGUCCUCCUUUCAGCGCUCCUGUUUGGAUGGGCAGUUGUUGCCUUUGGACCGACAAAAACUGCUUAUUGACCAUAAUUAUGCAAGAAAAAAAGAAUAUAUUUAAAGGAUGAGUAUAUCAUUUGCAGCUUGGUCAAGUGAAGUAUGCUAACUCGUGAUAAACGUUUCAUGAAAAAGAACAUUUCAUUUUGCACUUUUAUUUUGUAAAAUUAUGAUUUAGUUUUGUCCUUAUCGGAAAUAAUAUGUCAUGCCCUGUGUUCCUCAUCCUAAUUAAAUAGUGUUUUAUCGC